AUGGAGGGUUCGUCGUCCUCGCCGGGCGACGGCGGGGGCGUCUUCCAGGUCCAGGUCGCGGUGGCCGUGCGCGGGGACGGCCGCGCCAGCCGCCGAGCCGCGCGGUGGGCCGCCUCCAGCCUUGUCCCGGCCGGCGGCCGCGUCGCGCUCGUCCACGUCAUCCCGCCCGUCUCCUUCGUCCCGUCUCCAUGUAAGGAUCACUUCACUUACCGUCCUCCUAGUCCCUCCCCUUCCUCGAGUCCUUUGGGUUUCAAAUGGCAGCGACCUGACGUUGGGCUCCAUGAUUUCUCUCGGUGUGGCGAAGCGGGGGAGAGGGUGCCGGUGGAGAAGAUGGAGCGGGAAGUGGUGGAGAUGUACGCGCAGGACUGCCGCGCGCGCGCGCAGGAGGUCUUCCUCCCCUUCCGCCGCCUCGUCGGCCGCGGCGGCAGAACCGUGGAUACGGUGGUUCUGGAAGGGGAUAGCGUCGCGGAGGCGCUGGUGAAGUACGCGGCGGAGUCCGGCGUCCGUAGUCUCGUGCUCGGAUCCGCCACACUCAGCUGGUUCCGGAGGAUUUUACGGCUCCAAGAUGUGCCUUUUACAGUUCUGAAAACUGUGCCAAGUUUCUGCAACAUAUUUGUCGUGUCCCGGCGCAGAUUAACAAUAAAAAUUGCAAAUCAGGCUCGAAAUAGCAAGUCGAACGCUUCUAUUCGGAUUCAGUCAAUAAGUCAUAAAGCAUUUGAUCAAAUACAGAGGGACUGGUUGCAAGACAAACAGGCUUUGAAUAAUCUGGCUGAUGAUGAGAUACCAAAAUAUUCUGGAAAUUCUAGUUCAGGCUCAUUCUCUCAAGUCUGCAGUUCUCUAAGCACUUCUUCCAACGCCAUUAAAAGUUCAGAAAGUCAUAGAAGAGGUUUUUUAGGAAGCUUAGGUCGAAGGACACCAGGGAGAGAAAGGAACAAUGAUUUUGAUGCUAUUAGCCAAUUGAAGGAAGUUCAUUAUGUUGCCUUAAGCUCAGUUGAAGAGUACCAACAUAUAGAUGAAGAAGAAAAACUGAGGAAGGAGCUGAAGGAUACUUUGAUGAUGUAUGACAGAGCUUGUGGAAAUCUCGCCCAUGCUAAGAAAAAGAUUCAGUUACUUUCUAGUGAGUGCUGUGAAGAUGUGAAUAAGGUGCAAGAGGCACUGCAGAGAGAGGAAAUGUUGAAACAGACGGUUGCAGAUGAGAAAACCAAACAUUUAGAAGCAAUUGGAGCAGUUGAGAUGGCAAAAAAUGCAUUUACACACGAGACCUAUUCCAAGCACCAGGCUGAAAUAUUAGCUAACAUGGUGUCUAUUGAGAAUGCUAAGGUUGUGGAUGCCCUUUUAUCAACGGUCAAAAGUUGCAGGCAGUACUCGAAACAUGAAAUAGAGCUUGCCACUGAUUACUUUUCUGAUGCAAAGAAGAUUGGUGAGGGUGGCUAUGGGAACGUAUACAGGUGUACCCUUGACCACACUGAAGUAGCUGUAAAAGUUAUUCAACAAGAUUCCACCAAUAAGAUUGAUGAGUUCUUGAGAGAGGUGGAGAUUCUCAGCCAACUUCACCAUCCCAAUUUGGUUUUACUGCUUGGUUUUGUCCUGAAAUUGGAUGCCUUGUAUCUUGUGCCAGAAGGGUUAACAGAGUACAGAGACACUGUCAUCGCUGGCACUCUGUAUUACAUGGAUCCGGAGUAUCAAUUAACUGGGACAAUUCGACCAAAAUCAGAUCUUUUUGCUUUGGGUAUUAUCAUUCUUCAACUACUAACUGGCAAGCGUCCACAUGGGCUGGUAAGUAGUGUAGAAGAGGCAAUUAAAAGGGGGAUAUUAUCAGAUAUCCUCGACAAGUCUCAGCCUGAUUGGCCAAUUGCUGAGGCCGAGAUGUUGGCAAAACUUGGGUUGUGGUGUACAGCCUUAAAAUGCAGGGACAGACCUAACCUUGAGUCGGAAGUGCUUCCAGAGCUCGAAAAUAUCCUAAGCAGGGUUACUGUUUCUUUCAAACUCGAAAAUAUCCUUGCACCAAGCCACUUCUUCUGUCCGAUACUGCAGGAGAUAAUGGAAGAUCCUUACGUUGCUGCUGAUGGGCACACCUAUGAGCACAGGGCAAUCAAAGCUUGGCUCGAAAAAUACAAGAUAUCCCCAGUGACAAAUCAGAGGCUUCCACAUUUAUCCAUAAUUCCCAACCAUUCCUUGCAUGCGGCAAUACAACAAUGGAAGUUGCGGACAUCUUAA